AUGAAAUAUUCACUGGACCAAGUUGUGGAAAAAUUGCAGUUGUUGGUCAAUCGCAUGCGAGAACAUGAAAAUGCGGUGGACGAAGUGACUCACGAGGUGCUGAAGUUGGACGAACAGAUGAUGCACAAAGAAGUGUGUCAAGAAUUGUCCCUCAGCAUCACUGAUUUUUCUAAACGUUUGACCAAUCAUCCAAGAGGUCAAUUGAUUCUCUGUUUGGCUGCGGAAAAUCAAGAGUUGGAACAACUGCAAUCGGAAAACCUGACACUUUUUGACUCGUUAAAUGAACAUCGGGUGGCUCUAGACAUUGUCAUGUCCAAAUAUCGUAAACAGGUGUCUAAAUUGAUGCGCACAAACCAGAUUGAGGACUUGAUACGAAGCAACUACAGUUCGCUUAAUUCCCAGAAGAACCCUUUGGGCACAGUUUCCAAUGCACUGCAAACCAAUAAGUCUACCGGCUUGGAUUCAACCAUUUCGGCUGCAAGUGGUACUGCUCAACCGGUCAGUGGUUCAGCUCAAACGACUGCUGCGAAGCCAGGGAACUCGGCAAUUCGUAACUUAAUGCCCGAGGCAAGUGCACCCAAUUCUCGUAUGGUAAAUGAACAGCUAGCAGCUUUGGCCGCAUUAGCCAUGGACAUAAGCGAUCAAGGUGACGCUUAUGCCACCGAACUGGAGGAGGAGUUGCAUCGUUUGCGCUCAGAAAAUGCUGGUCUACGUGAAAUGUUGGGUAUCUCAUCAACCUACUCUAAUGAAGUCGGCGCGGUAGCUCGUUCCGAGGAUGGUGCAGCGAACAAGUCCUCGUCCACUGAACCUGUGGCUGCACAACGCACUGGAACACUACCCGGUCCGCCCAACCGUUUGCCCAACUCAAACUCAGAUAAUUGGCCUUUUGAGAAUCCGGUUGAUCGAUCCGCUGGAAUGUCUCAUUUCUUGAAUGCAUUAAAAGCUCAUUCUUUCUUCCCGGAAGAGUUCGUUUCCUCGCCCGAAGAAGAAGAGGAUGAAGAAGAUGCCUUGACCGUGGAAGAAAAUAGUGAAGAACUAGAAGUGGACAUCGGCCGUGAUACUCACAUGCCAAAUCGCACCCCCGAAUGA